UCUCUCUCUCUCUCUCUCUCUCUCUCUCUCUCUCUCUCUCUUAUGGGAACACUUGUGGGUCAUGUUGCUCCAGGGUUUGCCUUCUUGGCACUUGGCCUGUGGCAUUUAUUCAACCACAUCAAACUCUUUUGCCUUCAACCCAAAAGCUACACUUCAUCGCCAUGGUUCCCAACGUCGAAACUCAGACACUUAGAACUCUACUUAAUCAUGCUCGGCUCUUCCAUCUCCAUAGCCAUGGAGCUCGUCAUAGGACCCAGAAAGCACCAGCCUUUCGACUCCGACGGUUCCAUUCCUGCGAACCAUCUCCACAAUUUCGAACACUCUUCUAUCUCCGUGACGUUCUUUGUCUACGCCGCCUUCGCGCUUGUUUUCGACAAGACCGGGACUAGGGCUAGUUACGGACUCACCAACUUCGUUGGAGCCGUUGCUUUUGCUCAGCAACUCUUCCUUUUCCAUCUCCAUUCCAGUGAUCAUAUGGGCAUUGAGGGGCAUUACCAUUUGCUCCUCCAAUUCGUCAUCUUCGUCUCUCUUGUCACAACUCUCCUGGGAAUGGCGAUGCCAGAGAGUUUCUUGGCGAGUUUUGUGAGAUCAUCGAGCAUAGCCUUUCAAGGAGUAUGGCUCAUAGCGAUGGGUUACAUGCUUUGGACGCCAAGUUUGAUCCCAAAGGGAUGUUUCCUUCACCUCGAAGACGGCCACCGCGUGGUCCGAUGCUCGAGCCACGACGCCUUGGACCGAGCCAAGUCGCUGGUCAACAUCGAGUUUAGUUGGUUCCUUGUCGGAAUCACACUCUUUGUCGUGUCCCUUUACUUGUUUCUUGAUCGGGUUUAUGGUGAAAACGUUCAGUACUCAACUUUGACCGCCAGAGAUCAGACGGAACAAGGCAUCGAGCCGCCGAAUAUAAGCAAGCCCAGAUGGGUAAAUUGGUUGGAGAUCGUGACGUUGAAAGGUGAGAAGAAUUUGGAGAAGAUAAAUGGCGUUCAUACGGAUCAUAUACGAUGACGUGGUUGAUUCAUUAGGUGUUAUAGUCCACACAAAUUUGUACAAAAUAGUAAUCAAUUAUAGAAAAAAGAAAGAAAGUGGGUGAUUGUACAAAUUAAAGCCUGAUUGGGCUACGUAUAUAUAUAUAUAUAGACGUAAAAGAGCGAGUAAUAUAAAUUAUUUUUCUUUUU